AAAAAACAAUCGAUUAAAAACGGUUUACUGUCAUCAAUGGAAAAUAAGUAAAAAUCGCUUUCGCUUUCUUUGGUCAAUGACAUUUUGACAACUGUUUAUCAAAUUGUCAAAAUUCCAUUCUGACUUCGUUAGCUUCCUUGUAAUCUCCCUCAUAUUUUGUGGGAACGUUAACCUUAACGAGAGUAUUUCAUUGAUCAAAUUUUUAUUUCAGUAGUAUAGAACAAUGGGUAGUAGAGAACAGGCAAUCAAAAAACUAAAAUCAUUAUGCUAUGUUACGUUUGGAGGCGCAGCGGCUUAUCAAAUCAUUUAUUACAAAAAAGAUUUCAAUGGUUAUUAUACUAAUAUUUUACAACCAGUCAGUCAAUAUCUCAAUCCUGAAGUAGCUCACAAGCUUGGUGUGGCAGCUAUAAAAUAUGGUAUAUUUCCUUCCGAGAAGGCAGAAGAUCCUUCGAUAUUGAAAACGAAAUUUCUCAAUUAUGAUUUAAAUAACCCAAUUGGAAUUGCGGCAGGCUUUGAUAAGCAUGGUGAUGCUGUUGUAGGGUUGAGAAAAUUAGGAUUCUCUAUUGUGGAAAUUGGCUCUAUCACACCAGAAGCUCAACCUGGAAAUCCUAAACCAAGGGUAUUUAGAUUACCUGAAGACGAAGCUGUUAUAAACCGGUAUGGUUUUAACAGUGAAGGACAUGACAAAGUGCACCAGAAAAUUGAUACUUUAGAAAAAUCACUUCUGGAUAAAGGACUAUUGGGAAUUAACUUAGGGAAAAACAAACUAUCUGAAAACCCAAUUGAAGAUUAUGUUUUAGGAAUAAAAAAGUUCUCAAAUGUAGCAGAUUAUUUUGUUAUAAACAUUAGCAGCCCCAACACCCCAGGCUUAAGAGCCUUACAGCAGAAAGAGGAACUCUCCCAACUCCUCACAGAAAUCAACAAAGCACGAGAUGCAUGUCAGACCAAGAACAAACCACCACUGCUUCUCAAACUGGCACCAGACCUCAGUAAUGAGGAAAUGAAAGAAGUUGUAUCAGUAAUAUUAAGAAAAGAAUGUCAUGUUGAUGGCUUAAUAAUCUCAAACACAACCAUAGACAGACCACAGCUUCGUAGUAAACAGCAUACUGAAGAAGCAGGUGGUCUAAGUGGUAAACCUCUGACUAACAAGUCCACAGAAAUGAUAAGGGAGAUGUAUAAAAUGACGAAAGGCAAAGUGCCCAUUGUUGGAGUAGGAGGUGUAUUCACAGGACAAGAUGCAUAUGAGAAAAUUUUGGCAGGCGCAAGUGCUGUUCAAAUAUACACAGCCCUAAUUUAUCAUGGGCCACCAGUAGUGACGAAAAUUAAAACAGAAUUAGCAGAACUACUGGAAAGAGAUGGUUAUAGUAAUGUUAAUGAAGCAGUUGGCAAAGGAAUUAAAUGAACAUUUCAACACUUGUUAUAAAAAUGCAUAGUUAAUUGGAUUGCAGAGUUAAUUAGUGGGAUAGUUUUUAAUUGGCAUCUGACAAAUUGAUUUCAUUAAAACUGUUUCUAUUUUCAAUUGAUUAAUAUACUCCACUUGCAAGAUAAUUUGCUGUAUAGACAUGAUUGUUUUGUAUUGUUAGUAUUGAUAUCUAAGUAGUGUUUAGUUUAGUUAAAUUAUGAUAUUUUUGUAAUUCUGCUCACUAAUUAUUAUUGAGAAGCAAAUUAAAUAUUAUUAUUUUGUGAUUAUUUUUGA